AUGCCUUUUCUGCUGUGCUUGAAAAAGAAGAAGUCACCUGUGCCUUUAGGCAGGAGUAUCUUUCAAAAACACACCCCUCCCAUCCAGCAGAACUACCAGGCUUUGCUGGAGUCGUGCUUGAAGAACAAAUGCUUGUUCACAGAUGACACCUUCCCUGCUCACAUCAGCUCCAUUGGAACAGGAGCCCUGCUGAAGAAACUGCCCCGAAAUUUACAGUGGAAGAGGCCACACGCCUUGCACAAAAGUCCCGUAUUUUAUGCUGCACACAGAAAGCAGCCUGAUCUCUGCCAAGGAUUGGUGGAGAACUGCUGGUUCCUGGCGGCCCUGGAAGCCCUGACGUUCCACCAGGACAUCUUGGCUGCAGUCGUGCCACAGAACCAGAGCUUUGAGAGGAAAUAUGCGGGCAUUUUCCACUUCCGGUUCUGGCACUUCGGGGAAUGGAUUGACGUGGUGGUUGAUGAUCUCCUGCCGGUGAACGAGGCUGGGGAGCUGCUGUUUGUUUCCUCAGUCUAUAAGAAUGUGUUUUGGGGAGCCCUUCUGGAGAAGGCAUAUGCUAAACUCUAUGGCUCCUAUGAAGAUCUGCAGAUUGGGCAGGUUUCAGAAGCCCUGGUGGAUUUCACAGGGGGUGUCAAUACAAGGAUCAAGCUUGCAGAAGCUCCUCCUGAUCUGUGGGAUAUACUGACAAGAGCCACCUACAGCAGAUCUCUCAUGGGCUGUCAGACACACUUAGGGGCAACAAAGGUCCUGAAGAAUGGGCUUGUUGCUGGCCAUGCCUACACAGUAACUGGUAUCAGAAAGGUGACCUGUCAAUAUGGACCAGAAAACCUAGUGAGACUGAGAAAUCCAUGGGGAAAAAUUGAGUGGAAAGGAGACUGGAGUGACAGCUCUUACAAGUGGGAGCUGCUGAGCCCGAAGGAGAAGAUUUUACUGAGGAAAAAGAAAGAUGAUGGAGAGUUCUGGAUGUCUCUGCGAGAUUUUAAGAUCCAUUUUGUAGAUCUGGUGAUCUGUAAAUUAACUCCAGACCUGAUGAGCCAGGAAGAUGGCAAAAAGUGGAUGUACUCCUUGAAGAGUGGGAGAUGGGUUAGAGGAAGUACAGCAGGAGGAAGUCUGGGAUUCUAUAACGGCAACUUUUGGAUGAACCCUCAGUACUGGCUGAAUGUGCUGCCAGCUGAAGACAGCAAGAAAAGCCCAAGCACGUGCAGUGUGGUUAUAUCCCUCAUGCAGAAACACAGCACCAAACACCGGAACCGAGCCCCUCACCUUUUCAUUGGAUUCUUACUCUAUAAGGUGAAAAGGCAGUACCAGGAGAGCAACAGAAAGCUGCCCCCAGGUUUCUUCACCCGACAUCAGCCUGUGAACAAGCACCAGGUUUUCCUUGAUGAGCGGGAAGUGACUCAAGACUUCCAUCUGGAGCCUUGUGUCUACGUCAUUGUCCCCUCCACCCUGGAGCCUCAGCAGGAGUCUGAGUUCAUCCUGCGGGUCUUCUCCAGGAAGCACGUCCUUCGGGAAAUGGGUGGGAACACGAGCUUCACCCUCUCUAAGGAAAUUGUUGAUAGGUAUGAAGGCAAGAUUUGGGAGGAUUUCUUCACAAAACAUUUUGAACAGAAUCCUGAAAUAAAUGCUGUUCAGCUCCAGAGGAUCUUGAAUAAUAUAUCUUGGAGAAAUUUCCAGAGUUUUCGCCUGAAUUUCAGUCUGGAUUCCUGCCAGGGUAUCUUGGCACUCCUGGAUCUGAAUGCCACUGGCACACUGAGUAUCCAGGAAUUCAGAGUCCUGUGGAAGAGGCUGCUUUUCUAUUUGGAAGUUUUCCAGAAGAGAGACACCAAGAGAUCAGGGAAGCUUGACCUUGUGGAACUGCAUGCAGCUGUACAGGAGACAGGCAUUUCACUCAGCAAUGAAGUCUGUAAUUUGAUGGCAAUCAGAUAUGGUGACCCUGACUUACAGAUCAGUUUUGAGAGCUUUGUUUGCUUCAUGCUUCGAGUGGAGAUCAUGGGAGAGGCCUUUCGCAACUUAACCCAAGAUGGCAAAGGGAUUUACCUCCGGGAAUCUGAGUGGAUGAUGAUGACACUUUAUUCCUGA